UGGGCAUAAAGGGCCUUCUCUGUCUUCCUCUCUCGGCUCAUCAGUGCGGAGAUCCCGGAAACACGAAAUCACGAUAAAGGAGAGAAGAGAGGCAGAGAGAGAGAGAGAGGGGAAGAGAAAAGCCAUCCUAAUUCCUAAAUGCCAUCCUACCGCCAAAUUGGCCGUGGUGGUCUAUCUUAUCGUCAUAUAUUUACUUCAUGCAAAUCCACCAAUGUGAAUCACAACCCCUUCUAUUCUUUCUCCUGUGAGGGUUAGACUUGUUCCACGGAAGAACCCAAUAUACUCCGGAAGGGAGAGGAAGGGGGUUUGGGCAUUUGUUUAUUACGAAAUUCCCACAGCUGUUGUUGGUAUGGUAUGUGGGAUAGCACCACCACCACUUUGUUGAUUAGGAGGAGUGCUUAGGUGGAGGAAGAGACGAGAAGCUAGAAGAGGGAAGAGGAGAGGGGGCCCAACCCAACGGCUGAGGAAUGCUGUGCCUGAAAGCGGAGGCUUUGGCUCACGAAAUGUUCGCUUCCCAUGGCGUUAUCCUGCCUGUGAAUCUGGGAAGCUCUGUCCAGAGGGCGAUGCGCAAGGUCGGCCGGCGGAGAUCAGCAGCCGCAUCCCGGCGUUCCCACCCGCCGCCAGUCUCGUCGUCUGGUGACGCAUCCGCCAGCUGUUCCGGUGUUGAGGAUGACAAGAGCAAUGGCAGCGGAAGAAAUGGAGGAAACUGUAGCCAGAAGAUGCUGUGCUAUAGAUCUCAGCUCGAACAGGAAGUAAAUGUGAACAAGUUGCAGAGGCAGCUCCAAGAAGAGAUUGAUUUGCAUAUGGCUUUGGCAAAUGCUGUAGCACAUAAUACUGUCCCUUUAUUGAACUCUCCAACAAAGAUUCCUGAUAAGGCUCAGGAGCUUCUAGCUAACAUCGCUUCAUUGGAGAGCACAGUUUCAAAACUUGAGGAAGAGUUGGCUGCGUUGCAUUCGCGACUUUCUCAUGAGAGGAAUGAAAGACUACUUGCCGAAACACAUCUUAGAUGUUUACGAUCGUCAACUUCUGGUAGCACAUGGGAAGAGAGCAUAUCAUCGUUGAGAAAUUUAAAGUCUGGAGCAUCUCGGAUAACUCCCUUAAGGCAGCAAGAUUUGUUAUCUGAAUAUGAAGAUCAACAAUUAGAUUCUGGAGACAUCCUAUUGGGCAACAAGGAAGAGGAGGAGGAGGAGGAGGAGGAGGAGGUAUUAGGAUCGUCUUUCAUGGUGAGAGAAGAAGGGAAAAAAAUGGAUGGAUCAAUGCUACAACCUGAUGAAACAGAAAUAAUAUUGAACAAUAUGCAAACGAACCUAUGGAAAAACCCAAAUCAUCUCUCAGAAGAAAUGGUGCGAUGCAUGAGAAACAUUUACCUCUGUUUAUCUGAAUCAUCGAAGAUAUCUCCAAAGGCGUCUUCUUCUGAGUGUUCUUCAUCUCUGCUAGUUGGGCACCUAUCUGGUUGUUCAUUGCAAUCUUUCUCAGAUUGGUCCGUUAUGCCCUCAAUGUUACACAGCCUUUCACUUGAGCCAAAUAACAAUGACGGCAUAACGGAUCAGGUUAAAUGGUUUGAUCCUUAUAGAGUAAAUGGGAGGGUAUGGAGAGAAAUUGGAAGCUUCAGUUUGGCAGCUGAGGUAUCUUGGAUGUCUGUUGGAAAAGCACAACUAGAUUAUGCUACUGAGGCCCUAAGAAAGUUCAGAUUUCUUGUGGAGCAACUCGCAAAAGUUAAUCCAGCUUGUAUGAGUUGUGACGAGAGGCUGGCCUUCUGGAUCAACUUAUACAAUGCCUUGAUAAUGCAUGCCUAUUUAGCAUAUGGAUUUCCUCGAAGUGACAUCAAGCUCUUUUCUCUAAUGCAAAAGGCCUGUUAUACAGUUGGUGGGCAGUCAUUCAGUGCAGCUGAUAUUGAAUUUGUCAUUUUAAAGAUGAAAGCUCCAACGCAUCGUCCACAACUUGCUUUAAUUUUGGCUCUUCAAAAGUUUAAGAUCACUGAGGAGCACAGGAAGUAUUCAAUUGACAAUCCUGAGCCCCUGAUAUUAUUCGCCCUUAGCUGUGGGAUGUUUUCUUCACCUGCGGUAAAGAUAUUCUCCGCCAAGAAUGUUCAUGACGAGCUUCAGAAUUCGAUGAGGGACUAUAUUCGCGCAUCAAUUGGGAUAAGUGAAAAAGGGAAGCUGUUAGUGCCGAAGCUGCUGCACGGUUUUGCAAAGGGUGUGGUGGAGGACUCGAUGCUUGUCGAUUGGAUCUGCCGAUACCUUUGCCCUGACCAAAUUGCAAUAAUUCGCAAUUCGGCUAGCUUACAGCGCAAGCAUAGGCUCCUGGGUGUCCGCAGUUUUAACACCAUACCCUUCAAUUCGAGGUUUCGUUACCUCUUUUUGCCCGACAACUCCUUCGAGAGCUCUUCAAAAUGUGGUGAGAAUGGACUGUUUUGUAAUUGAAUGCGCAUAUUCUAAGCUGUAUGACACAUGCGCUUGAUUUAUUAACAAGUGACCUAGUGCUUUUGGAAAGCGGGAGGAGAUGAACCUUAGCUUAAUGAUGGUGCAAUUGGUGGCAACUUCCACUUGUAGAUCUUGUGCAUCUUGAUGAAGCCAAUAUGUUCACAGAAUAGAACAACUAUGUGGUUUAGCUCUUUGUAACAUUUGGAAGAGAAGGAUACACAGUACUAUCAUGGAUUGAGUUCACGCUCCGCUAUCGCUGAUUAUAUACUUUUUUUUUAAUUUACAUUGGCACUUUUUGUAAGAUAGUCAACAUAUAAACCGUGCAUCCAAUAAAGGAGAGAGCAAUUGUUUGGUAUGAUGUGAAAAAUCUUCCUGAGUUAAUGCUGCUAUGAGAGAGAAGGUUUCUGUAUAGAUGAUUAAAUUUUUUAUGCUAUCAUUGUUUUCUUUUCC